UUUGUCACGUGAUCUGGAGUGUGCUCGUUAGUUUCUCUCUCCGUGAUCCGGGUGAGGGAGGCCUCUAGUGUUUCCACUCUGAUGGCAAAAUUCGGACUCUCAGCGAGGAAGAGAGAGCUUCCCGAGUUACAGACUCGUGGACAAGGUCAUUGAACUAAGCCUUGUAUGCAAUUCUUACAGUUCCUCGUUAUUUGUAAUUGAAUUCUUUACGAGCUUUGUUUGUGGAAUUGAGAUUGUAGAAAAGGAAACGUCGAAGCAGGAGAAGGUUAGAAGGUUAGCGACGGUUCUGAUUUGGGAUGGCUACAGCUUUUCCUCACGUUUUGACGGCUUCAAUGUCGAAUUUUCUCUUUGGUUAUCUCGUAGGAGUGAUGAACGGUCCUAUUGUUUCCGUUGCGAGAGAGUUGGGUUUCGAAGGAAACUCAAUUAUUGAGGGACUUGUGGUGAGCAUAUUCAUAGCGGGUGCAUUCCUUCGAAGCAGUAGCUCUGGCUCCAUAAUAGAUAAACUUGGUUGUAAGUUUACUAUUCAGAUUGACGCAAUACCACUAAUUCUUGGUGCUAUUGUAAGUGCAGAAGCACACUUCCUGGAUCAAAUGCUUUGGGGGAGAUCUUGUUGGCCUCAACAUUGGUGUGAAUACAGCAGUUCUCGUUCCAAUUUAAAUUUCGGAAUGAUAUUGUUGGCCUCAUAACAUCAUUGUUUUUAGGAAUACCUUCUGAAAAUGAUCCCCAUUGAAGCAGAAAGUUUUUCCUGGAAAAAAUUUCAAGGCAUUGACUUCCAUGGUGUUGCAGGUGUCCCUGGCUUCAUUCUUGGAAUUGGUUGGGAGAUUGAAUGAUGCUAAAGAAGUUAUUUAUAAUCAUUGGGGACCAAAUGAAGUAGAAAGAGCUAUUUAAGAAUUCCAAUCAGUCAACAAAAAUGAUGAUGAUUUGGGAAGUACUUGGUUGGUGCUCCUGGAAGAACCACAUUCUAGAGGUUGUAUUUAGUUGGUUUAAGAUCCCACAUCUGAAGGAUUUUUUAUUUCAGUUUAGAUGUUGAAUCUAAAAACUUACCAUUAGAUGCCACCUUUUUUUGUAAGUGACUUUCUUGAAAACGCCUUUGAAACUGGUCUUCAAUUCCUAUUGGUUUGACAAAAUAUAGGCUGUUUCAAGUAACUCGUGUACCGCAUGAAUUUUCAGUUGUGGGUGGAUGUUCUUCUAUAGUUUGCAGUGGCGUUUGUUGGAGGUUGCAUUUUUUUUACUUCAACAGUUUGCGGGUAUAAAUGGAAUCCUCUAUUUCUUGUCUUUGACCUUUCGUGAUGUUGGUGUUACCAGUGGUGCUUUAGCUAGCGUAUUUGUUGGGCUUACCAUCUUUACAGGUUUGAUCUGGUAUAGUGAUUAAUGUUUCUGAGUCUGUUUCUUGCUUGGAAUUGUAUCUGAAUUUUGUUUGGUGGUCAACUGGUGAUCUUCGGGUGCACUCUGUGCUUUAUACUUAAUGGAUAAGCGAGGGAGCAGAAGCUUUUAAUUGGUAGUUAUUUGGGAAUGGUGAGUGCAUGGAUUACUUAUGCUGGAGAUAAAAUCUAGUGACAAAAGAGGGGGCGGUUUCAAUGUUUCUUGUAACGUAUGCCGUCAGUUUUCCAUUAGAUGAACAACUCAGUCAAUAACUUAUCAAUACUGGGAACUGCCUUGCAAGUAUUUGUCGCUUCUGCAGCGGUCUUACAGAAACGCGAGCAAUGGUGCUAGCCUUUCUGCCAGCUCUGGUUUCUCCCGCAAGAAGCUCUGCUUGUCACCUUCAUGUGUGUUCCCUCCAUUGCAACUUGAAGGACAGCAUGCUAUAAGCUGAUUGAUUACUCGCCAUCAACGGUGCGUGGGUUCCAGGCGAACCCUUCAUGACACGUGUCCGCCGUGACAAUCUUGUGAGACUGUUUGUUUGAAGUUUGAUCAAUGGCAGACAUUACUAACCCACCCAUGGAACAGCUACAAGACCUCGAAUACUGCAUAGACUCUAACCCUCCUUGGGCUGAAACCAUCAUAUUAGCAUUCCAAAACUACAUUCUGAUGCUGGGAACAAGCGUGAUGAUCCCUUCGUUAUUGGUCCCUGCAAUGGGUGGAAGUGAUGGUGACAAAGCAUGUGUGAUACAGACUUUGCUCUUUGUAGCGGGCAUCAAUACACUUCUCCAAGCACUUUUUGGAACUAGAUUGCCAUCAGUUGUAGGAGGCUCCUUUGCAUUUUUAGUUCCCAUAGCUUAUAUUAUCAGUGAUUCCUCGCUGCAGCGGAUUACCGAUCAUCAUGAAAGAUUUAUACAGACAAUGCGAGCUAUCCAAGGAGCGUUAAUUGUAGCAUCAAGCAUACAAAUCAUCUUGGGUUACAGUCAAGUUUGGGGACUCUUCUCGCGGUUCUUCAGUCCUCUUGGUAUGGCACCCGUAGUUGGAUUGGUUGGCCUUGGAAUGGUUCAACGAGGAUUUCCUUUGUUAGGUAAUUGUGUGGAAAUUGGGAUUCCAAUGUUGUUGCUGGUCAUUGGAGUGACUCAGUAUCUAAAGCAUGUGAGGCCAAUUAGGGAUGUGCCCAUUUUUGAACGAUUUCCUGUGUUGAUAUGUGUCACAAUUAUUUGGAUCUAUUCCCUUAUUUUAACUGCCAGUGGGGCUUACCGUGACAAGCCGGUAAAGACUCAAAAUAGCUGCCGCACAGACAGAGCUAAUCUUAUAUCUACUGCCCCGUGGUUCAAGUUCCCAUACCCUCUACAGUGGGGGCCACCUACAUUCUCGGCAGGUCAUUCAUUUGCUAUGAUGUCUGCAGUUCUUGUUUCUAUGGUCGAGUCAACUGCCGCAUACAAGGCUGCAUCUCGAUUGGCAAUUGCCACACCACCUCCCGCUUAUGUCUUGAGCAGGGGUAUUGGCUGGCAGGGAAUUGGCAUUUUGCUUGAUGGUCUUUUUGGAACAGGCACUGGUUCUUCUGUUUCUGUGGAAAAUGUGGGGCUUCUUGGAUUGACCCGGGUUGGAAGUCGGCGAGUUGUUCAGAUAUCUGCGGCGUUCAUGAUAUUCUUCUCCGUCUUAGGAAAAUUUGGAGCUGUAUUCGCUUCUAUACCCUUCCCGAUAUUUGGAGCAUUGUACUGUGUUCUUUUCGGCCUAGUGGCUUCAGUUGGAUUAUCAUUUCUUCAAUUCACAAACAUGAAUUCCAUGAGGAACCUUACUAUUACCGGCCUCUCUCUAUUCCUCGGAAUAGCUGUCCCCCAAUUCUUUGGUGAAUAUUGGAAUCCGUCACACAGAGGUCUUGUUCAUACCAAUGCUGGAUGGUUCAAUGCAUUCUUAAAUACAAUAUUCUCAUCGCCAGCAACUGUGGGUUUGAUCGUUGCUGUAUUCCUUGACAACACAAUCGAGGUGGAGAAGUCGAAGAAAGAUCGAGGUAUGCCAUGGUGGGUGAAGUUCAGAACAUUUAGAGGAGACAACAGAAAUGAAGAGUUCUACACUUUGCCAUUUAAUCUGAACAGAUUCUUUCCACCAACGUAG